AUGGUUUCUAACAAAAGGGUUACUACAUUCUUAUUCAUAAUGUUGGCUGGUCUAGCUAGCUCAGAUUUAUCAAAAGACAGAGAAGAAUGUGCUGACAAACUUGUUACUCUUGCUAGUUGUCUUCCAUACGUUGGUGGUGAUGCCAAUACUCCCACUAUAGAUUGUUGCACCUCCCUCAAAAUAGUCCUUGACAAAACCAAAAAAUGCAUCUGCAUCCUCAUCAAAGAUCGUAAUGACCCCAAACUCGGCUUCACUUUGAAUGCCACUCUCGCUGUUCAGCUUCCAAGUGCUUGUCACAUACCAUCUAAUAUAUCUCAAUGUGUAGAUCUUUUGCAUUUGUCACCAAAAUCUCCUGAAGCUCAGGUGUUUGAAGGACUUGGAAAUUCUACCAAAACAAACAGUUCCCCACCAGGUUUUGUUGACAAGGGAUCAAGUUCUGAGGAAAAGAGUGGUGGUGGUUUGGGAAAGAGGUGGGUGAUGGCAGAGAUGGUUUCUACUAUUUUACCAUUUGUUUUCAUAUCUCACUUGUUCAUCCUAGCUUGA